CUGUACUAUUUUAUAUUGUGUUUCUAUCUAUUCGUCCCCUUAACGGGAGUGUGUGCGAGGCCGGCACGGAGACCGUCAAGUCCGCAGGAGCAGCUCCUUCUCCUUUCCGGACAUCUCUAUCUUGAUUUACCGAAUCACACGGCAAGAAUCCUUGAUUCACAAUGGUCCGAUACAGCGUGGAACCCGACAAUAUUGAAAAGGUGGCGAAGUCUCGCGGAUCCCACCUCCGCGUGCAUUUCAAGCAUUGUCGCGAGAUUGCCCACUUUACCAAGGGCAUGAACGUCAACAAGGCGAUGAAGGUCCUCGACGACGUGCUUGCCUUUAAGGCCGUCAUUCCCUUUGUCAAGUACACGGGAGGUAUCGGUCGCAAGGCCAUGGCCAAGCAGUGCAAGGCGCCCGGUAGCAAGGGACGUUGGCCCGUCAAGGCCACGGCCGUCUAUAAGGACUUGCUUUCCAACGCCAAGGCCAACGCCGAAACCAAGGGCUUGGAUAUGGACGCACUGAUCAUUGACCACGCGCAGGUCAAUCGUGCGCCGGCCGGUAGGCGAAGAACUUACCGUGCUCAUGGACGUAUCGGUAAGUACGCCAGUCAGCCUGCCCACAUUGAGAUCAUUCUCAAGCAAAAAGACGAAGGUGUGGAAAAGAUGGAUGAUGAUGAACCCAAGAAAAUUACAAAGAAGCAGGCAGCCAAGCGUCGUUUUGUCAAGGUUGGAGCUUAAACAAGCGUACUUCUACUUAACCUAACUAAACACCCCAAUCCAAUG